GACCGGUCGAGGAGGAAGCUCCCGCUGCCGCCUCCUGAUGAUGAGGACGGUGAAGGUCAGGGGUUGGUGAGUGUCGUCGCCAUGUACGACUUCACCGCCAAGGAGGACAGCGACCUCACACUCAGACAGGGAGAAGAGUACGUCAUCCUGCACAAACAGGACCAGCUGUGGUGGCGAGCGCAGGACAAACACGGGAAUAAAGGCUUCAUCCCGAGUAACUACGUGACGGAGAAAAACAGAAUAGAGGCGAACUCGUGGUACUGCAAGAACAUCACCAGGACAGAAGCUGAGCAGCUGCUGAGACAAGAAGACAAAGAGGGCGGUUUUGUGGUGCGGGAGUCGAGUCAGAAGGGAGUCUACACCGUGUCCGUCUACACCAAAACAUUAAGCAGCAACGGAGAUAUCCGGCAUUACCAGAUCAAAAUAAGUGACACGGGUCAGUUCUUCCUGGCUGAGAAACACACCUUUAAAUCCAUACCUGACGUCAUACACUACCACGAACACAACGCAGCAGGCUUGGUGACCAGGUUGCGGUACGCGGUGGGUCCAAUGGGAAGGUGUGUUCCCGCCACAGCAGGAUUCAGCUCAGAGAUGUGGGAGAUCAACCCCAGCGAGCUGACCUUCAUGAAGGAGCUCGGCUGCGGUCAGUUCGGCGUGGUGAGACUCGGCAAGUGGAGAGCUCAGCACCGAGUCGCCAUCAAGGCCAUCAGAGAGGGAGCCAUGUACGAGGAGGACUUCAUCGAGGAGGCCAAAGUCAUGAUGAAGCUUUGCCACCCCAAACUGGUGCAGCUGUACGGGGUUUGCUUGCAGCAGCGCCCCCUGCUGAUCGUGGCCGAGUUCAUGGAGAACGGCUGCCUGCUGAACUUCCUGCGGCAGAGGGGUCGGACGCUGAGGGAGGCGUGGCUGCUGUCCAUGUGUCAGGACGUGUGCGAGGGGAUGGAGUACCUGGAGACGCAGAGUUUCAUCCACAGAGACCUG